CGUAAACGCGCCAAAAAAAACAAGUUUGUGUUCAAAAAUCAUCACAAAUUCUUUAUUUGUACAACAAGAUUAUUUCAUAAAUAUCAAAAAAAACCACUUCGGCAAUGGCCUCGUUACAGGAAAGGUUGAAACUUAAACGUAUAUAUCCUGACGCAUGGACUGUGCGAGAACAAUUAUGUCUUGCUUCAAGUGUACUGAAAUCCGGAGAUCAAAAUUGGAUGACCGUAUCUCGAACUUUGAAGCCGUUAGUUGAAAAAGAUUUGUCAAGACCCCCAGAUUGGUUCUCACAAAAGUCAUGUGCCAUGCAGUACGCAUCUUUACUAGAGAAUACUAACAUACCAAAAAGAAAAAAACGGGAAAGCGGCGAAACUACCAGUGAAUCUAUAGUUCGAAAAUUGACACAAGAAAGAGUAGCAGAACUUACUCAGAGUCUGGCUAAUCAGAAAGAUGAGUAUCUGCGGCUUAAAACGGAUCUCAACUUAUUCGUGUCGAACUCAAUUACUAAUGAGAAGCUGGAAAAGAUGUGGCGCGAAAUGGAGCAGGAGGAGCGUGAGGCCGAGCUAGCGAAACGAACUCGCAUGAUGUGGUUGUUGAAACGUCAGCAGCAACAGAAACAGGAAAUGAGCUCGCCUGUUUCAAUUCCAAAUCAGACACGCAAGAUCGCAGAUGGCACGAUGGAGACGACACAGGAACCUUCGGUUACACCGACAGAAACCCCGGCAGAAAACGAUGAUGAGAAAAAGAGCAACAGAGGUGGCAGAUCUCCGUUGUUAACAAGUUUACUAAAAUCUCCCAGUCCAACCACUCAGACCAUUCAAUCCUUCCCGAGCACUCCGGUGAAUUCUGUUUCGGUGACCUCUCCAACUAUCACCAGCUUACUCGGAUCUAGUCCCAAGAUAUUAAAUGCGCAGUUAGCGCAGAACGUGUCGCCGCAGCUGCAGCAAUUGGUCUCAACGGCGAUUGCCAGUGCGAAUGCGUCUACGGAACGACCGUCCGUAGGUGCGCCCACGCUCUCGAUGCUGUUGGAAAUGCCGACUAGUGCACAGAGAGGGCCUCUUCCCAAUCUGCAGACUCCCAUUGUUUCUCACGCGCAGCAACAGCAGCAGCAACAGCAACAACAACAGCAGCAGCAACAACAACAACAACAACAACAACAACAACAACAACAACAACAACAACAACAACAACAAGUACCUGUGGCAGUGUCUACUAGUGCAAUAAUUCACAACAACUUUCAACAAACGGUGCAGCCGCAACCUCAAGUUCAUCGGGUCGCUGUACAAAAUGAGCUGACAAACGCGACGGCGGUAGUAGCGACGAUUCCAACGACACUGUCAACAGCAACUACGGUUGCCAACAUCGCUACCGCGCCGACGAAUAUAUCCGCGUCGGAUAACAUGGUGCAGAUUAUCGAAAACAUCGACGACGUGAUACGAAAGGACAUAAAAGACAUAAUGGUGGACGUGAUGGACAAAGACGAAAUAAAUGAGAUCAUCGGCGACAUCGAGGAGUUGAUCAAGGAAGAGAUCACUGGCAGUCCGCAAACUCUGGGUACGAAUAGCACAACAACGACAGUGACACCAGCGGUUAUCGGUGGUGUGUCUCAGCAAGCGGUGGGCAUUCCGAUAGUGACGGCAGAAGUGAAACCAGAAUCAAGAGACGUGGACGAGGCGGUGUCGCUGUCCGAUUCACCUCAGAGCGAAAUGGCGAUUGAGGAGAUCGACUCCAGCACGUCAAACAUUGCCGAGAUCAUCGGGACCGUGGCCAUAGAAUCGCAAGAGCCCAAAAUCAUCGUCACGGAGAUCACGGAAACUGUAUCGAAUCCGCCGGAGGUGACGAAAUCCGAGACGAGUACUUCCGAUGAGAAAGUAGAUCUGUCGGAGGAGCUUGGAAUUUCGAAAUUGGAAACCAAAGACGCGGAGAACAAUAAGACCGUCUCGACGGAAGAGAAACACGUAGACGUCGAAGUGAAGCCUGUGGACGACGUUGCGUCGAACGCAGAGAAGGAAGAAACCAAUUCUAAACUUCUGGACAAGGAGGCCAAGGAGACGAUAGAGGAGACCGUGGAGGAGGAAGUCGCUGAGGAAGACGAAGAGGAAGACGAGGAAAUAGAAGUGAUCGUGCCCAACAAUAAAGAAUCAUCCGAGAGCGUCAAAGAGCAGAAGGAGCCUGCGGAGGACAAUGAAGGUAAAGAUAACGCGGGAUUAGAUCAAUUAGAAAUGCAUUUGGCGAAAAUUACAGGGGACCAGCAAGACGUCGUGCCGUCCGCGGAGAUCGUCAGUGUUUCCUCGGAGGUGACCAACGACAUGCCCAGUGCCGAGGACACGGAGAAGUCGCAGGACAUCAGCUUGAUCUUGGAGGACGACGAGAGCAGUCAGAAUUCGGAGAUCAAGAAGAAAACUGUAGCCGAGGAACAGAUAAUUGAAAAUACGGUUGAGAGCGCCGAAUCCUUGGAAUCGUUCAAAGACGGAGUUUUGAUCAAAGAAGAGAUUGCUGAAGUGAAGGAGGAACUCUCGGUGAAAUCGCAAGAGGAGGAGACCGUCGAAGAAACGGUAGAGAUAAUUACGGAAGAAGUUAAAAAGGAAGAGGUCAAGGAUUCCUCGAAAGAUACUACGAGUUCCGUUGUACAGGAAAUAGAAAUAAAGAAGGAAAUCAGCACCGAACCGAUUCAAACGAUCGAAGAUACCACGGAGGUGGUAACCGUUAAGAGCGAACCUGACGUUGAAACUGAAGUGGUCAACGCCGAAGCGAACAACAAAUCCGAUAGCAAAGAAAAUAAAUCCAAAGAAUUGAAAACCGAAAUGGCUUUGGAGGAUAAACCAUUGUCGUCGUUCCGUUCCACCGAAGAAAUUAAGAAAGAGCCAAAGAUAAGUGUGAAAGAAGAGGAGGAGGAGAAAGAGAUCAAGGUAGAGGUAAAGGAGGAAAAAGAGGAAAAAGAAGAAACGACCAAGAAAAACGCGGAAGGCAAGCAAAGUGUGAAGAAAGAAACCGAGUCGGCGGUCGUGGAGGAAUCUGGCGAAUUGGACGAGGAGGAAUCUUCGUUGAGCAAGCUGAGCAGCGGACGGGCGAUGAAGACGUAUUCGAAGAGACAGACCGUGGCUGUGGACAGCGAGACGGAGAACGAGAGUACGGGAGAAGGUGCGGAUUACCGCGCCUGGAAGAAGGCGGUGAUGCUCGUCUACAACCGUCUGGCCACGCACAAGUACGCGUCGGUGUUCCUCAGACCGAUCACGGAGGACCAAGCGCCCGGAUAUCACUCGGUGAUCUUCCGACCGAUGGAUCUGUCGACCAUCAAGAAGAACAUCGACAACGGCACGAUCAGAUCCACCAUGCACUUUCAGCGAGACGUCAUGCUUAUGUUUCAGAACGCCAUCAUGUACAACAAACACGAUACGGUAAUUUAUAAGAUGGCAAUAUCGAUGCAAGAGGAGUGUUUGCAGCACAUGCAGAUAUUAGUUCAAGUAACCGGGGAGGGAACGUUUCGAAGAGAGACCAGAACGGCUGCGAAUAGUAGCAGCGACGCGAGCGAGAGCAAUAUCAAGCGAAAACGAAGCCACAUCACUCCGAGUCCUCACGACACCGACAAUCCGCGCUCGAAGAAGCGUCGAAAGUCCGAGAACGAUUAAAAAAAAUCGCAAUUAACGAGUCGGCGUGUAUGAAGAUUUUAAAUUUGUGUGUCUAACGGUGGUCGCGAAGAAAAGAAAGUGCGAGCGAGAAAAUUUGCAGUUUGUAUUUUUCAGACAUCGAGAGAAUAGCACACACUUGAGAGUUAUAGACUUACAGCGAGUUUUAUCUCUCAUAUUAGUGAACAGAAGGUUGGUUAGGUGUAUCUAGUAUAAUUAAAUUGAACACGUAUGUCUAAUAUAUAAUGUAUAUACAUAUAUGUGUAUCAACUAAAUUUAAAUUUAAUCGAGCGCGUGAGAAAAGCUUGA